AUGCGAUUUCUGGUCACGGUGCGGGUAUCACCCGCUGCUCUCCGGGAGAUCGAAAUGCGCCGCGUUCAAUCAGGGCCCGGAGCCACGUCUCCGCCAGGGGAACCUAAUGCCUCCUCUUCAAGUCAUAGUGAUGAUGAUGAUGAUAGUGGUGGUGGUGGUGGUGUUGAGGAAGAGCCGUCGGUCACUGCCCGUGCGAUCAUCGACCACGCGAACGAGGCAAACUUUCCUGACGACGAGGAAGGCGGCGCUAGCGUUCGGCGCCAGCAGGGCAUGAUGUCUCCUCUCUCUGGUCCCGAUAACGAGUAG